CUAUUUAGAAGUUCCGGUCGCGACCGAAUCUCGCAACACCGAACCUAGACAUUGACAAUUCACAUGGCAUCAUCACCCGACAUCAGUACAUCCCUUCUAGAUGCUUCUGGCAAGAUGGCAUCAGCAUCUACCGCCCUUUGCUCUCGUCUUUUUCCUUGUUCAGCCUUGCUCCGGCCAAGUACCGGAAGACGCCUUUUUGGCUGGCUCAAGCGGAGCCGAGGUUUUGGGCGAAUCAGCGACCGAAGGAAUUUGCUUGCUUUACGAGGAGUCGCCGAUUCAACGACCCAAUUGGUGCUUCGUCAAGCCUCGAUUCCAGCUGUAGAGGCAUCGUCUGCACCUAGGAAGCACGACGUCUCCGUCAUUCUCGAUCGGCUGCAGCCUUCUUCAACUGGCUCAUGUUGGUCUUGCGCUCUCCGUCUUGCACGUCUGAGCAGGUGGGGCGCAAUUCGACUGUACGAAGGCAUUGAUCCUUCGCCUUGCUCAAGUCAGACUAGGUUGCCAGCUUCGAUAUGCGGUAUAUGGGCACUACACGUAAGAUCGGUCCACACCUGGUUUGAGGCUGACGUCCAACAGCCACGAAACUUUAUCCACCGUCUGGCAUGUGAGGACCCUACCGCGGGCAUGGUACCCAUCUUGGCUGCCAUCAGAGCAUUGACCGCGAAACAUCAGACAUGCUUUGUUGAACCAAUGCCAAUUGCGAUAUGCCUUGCCUUGAGGCAUGCCAUGGAGAUGAUUUCUGUUUGAUUCGCUUCUGACGUUGUUCCGAUGCUACUCUGACAGGCUUCAGCGCGCUACAUGUCAGCCUUCCCGCCCGACGCUCAACGCACGCGCCCUACGUAGGUAAAAGGUGCGAGAAACGCUUAUCGAUUCGUAAGCCUUCUAGCCUGCAUAGGGCUGGAUCCACGUUUCAGGUCUCGAAAAGCCUGUCACUUUUGUGAAGUACAGGAAAAACCAACGGUCGCAAUGCGAUCGAGGCUUGCGUACUCUUUCGACUUGAUCCUUUGCAUGAAGACUGCUUCUAGCUGCAUAGAUCAACAAGUUUUAGCAGAUGGGUAGACUCUUGGCUCUUGAUUCGCUCAUGUCUAGUCGCACUGGUCAACCAGUUGAUUCUCGGCUUGCCCCUCUCUCCGAACCAAGUGUCGCUUUUUC